AUGACCAUUUUUUUACAAGAGACAUUAAGAGCUGAUCCAAUUCUUUCCAACAGCAUACUUCUAAAAAGCCAACAAAACAAGGUACAAGAUCAGUCUAUGAGUAAUAAACUUAAAUCUAAAUGUCUUAAUUAUGGGGAAAGUCAAAAUGCAACCACGACCAUUUCUUUACAAGAGAUAUUGAGAACUGAUCCAAUUCUUCCCAGACAGCAUAUUUCCGAAAAGCCAACAAAUCAAGAUACAAAAAAAUUUAAUGUAUUUGGAUUUUCUAUUUUAAAAAUCUUACUCAAUAUUUUUUAG